AUAACGGCCAUGACGCAAGUGAGUCUGCGACGACUAUCCAUCGAACGAGCCAUGGUAGUACAACCCAUGCUGAGCUUUUCGAUGAACUGUGGUGGCAGGUAAAUGUAGCAUGAUGGCAUGGUUCUGCGGAGUUUUGUGUGCUGCGAACAGUGUUAUGCUCAAGGAUUCAUUGGUGUACCUUUGUUCAUGGAGAGUUGUAUCUGGGUCUGACACUAGGUUCGGCUUGGUCUCCUUCGUCAGUCGUCGUGCUGAUACUGCUUGCCUGAAUUCCCUGCUCGUGGUUUUAGAAUUGCUAAAGGAAACAUACUGGCAAUUUCCUCGUCUCUCCAGUCUAUCCUAGAGUCGACGGAGGCGAGGUUGUCAAGUCCGGCAUUCGUUCCCAUGGUACAUGUUGGCGAGUUCCUGCUUUCUAUGCUAACGUAUGAGUAGUAAAGUAGUAUGUUUGCUACAGUAA